AAUUGCUGGAUUUAACCCUUGAAUUCCGGAAACUCGAGCAUUCUUUGCUUUGAAAGCAUUAUUAGGUUGUUAAUAUAAUAUUCAGUCUGCAAAGAGGUGGAUCAUUUUGUUUCAUGUGGACAUUCAAACUUCGUGACUUUCGCUUUGACAACAAAGUCACUCGCUCAACACUGUCAGAAAAGGUGCCUAAAAAACUUUCCAGUUUAGAUUGAAGACAUGGCAUCAAGUGGUGGAAACAGUGGAAGAUCGCCUAAAGAUCUACGAGAAAUGAUCAAUUCUCAGGGUCGCGAUUUGGAAUUUCCAGAAGAUAUGAAGAUYAAUUUAGAGAAACUAAAAGCGCUGUCCAAGGAUGAUUUGACGGAGAACGCGAUGCUGCGUUCUCGCAUCGACCAACAAGCUGAACUUAUCUGCAUUUUAAAACAACGGUCUGACGAGUCUUUGAAAAAAUCCCUUAAACUCGACAAAGAGAUUCAAGAACUAAGAGAAAUUAGAGAAGAAACUUUAUCGACAUUACAGACAGAAACUAGAAAAUACAACGUUCUGCAGAAAAGAUUUGAUGUAUUGAACAAAAACCACGAAGAAAUGAUUGCUAUUAAGGACGACUAUAAGGCAAAAAAUGAGAAACUCCGGAGAGAAAAUGAAAAACUUUCCCAUGAAAAUAAACUGUUAUUUGCCGAGACUGUGAAAAAGAGAGACGACGAAAUUAAACAACUACGAGAGGAGAUAAAUCAAAUUCAGUCAAAAUAUAUGACUUCGGAAAGUACUCGAAGAGAAAUGGAGCAAAAGAUUGCAGAUUUGUCUGACAAGUCUGUAAAAGAUAAAAACAUAUUAGAAGAAAAGCUGACAUCAAUAGAGGAAAAAYUCACUGCUGUUUCUGCUACUAUGAAGCAAGAAAUUGCUUCUUUAAAGAAAGCUUUACUCGAAGARGGUCAAAAGAUGUCUUCACUUCAAAAAGACCGUGACGAAUUCGCCCAGAUUGCCUUGGAAAGGGGGAAACUUCUUACGGAAAAGCAGAAAGAAAACUCACAAAUUCUAAAUCGUCUGGAAGAGUCCGAGAGAACUAUUAAAGAAAUGGAGGAUAAAUUCUCGUCCGAGAUGCAAUCAAUGUCGACAAGUUCACAAGUGCGACGACUAAAGAAAGAAGUUGAAGAUACGGAAAAGAAAAGACAAGAACAACGAAAGGAAUACGAAGCCUACAAGAAACACAUGUCGACACUACUGAACAAAGAAAAGACCAUCAAUAAUCAGCUGCGAGUCCUGAUCGGUUAAACACUUAGCGUACAAUUUACACAGCUUUAUAGUAAUAUCAAGGGCGGAUCCAGGGAGGGGCAAAUGGGGGCUGUAGCCCUCCUCUGAGCAGAAAAAGUAAAUUGAUUUUUAUUAUUUUCAAUGUUGUUUAUAACAAAUAAAGCCCAUUUAGACCCCUAGAACCAUAUAGCCCCCCCCCUUAAAAUUUCAGCUGGAUCCGCCCUUGAAUAUAGUAAAUAAAGUCGUUUGUUCGUCGUUGAUAAAGUGGUAUUCAAAAA